AUGGUUCAACCUCAGUCGAACGUUAACUGUAAUACUGAACAAAGCCACGUCAACAAUCGCACCGAAGGCAAGGAUUUAUUCGCUCGCUUAUGUAAUGUUGAAGCCGAAAAUCAACAGCUUCGACUUCAUAACCGCUGCUUACAAGAGGAGAACGCUUGGCUGAAAGAUCAAUUACGUCAUGCACAAGAACGUUUGAAAACUUUGGAAAGCAAACCGGCCACAGUUGAAGAAGACGAAAAGCGAAGAAAGUUUAAGUUAUUAUUGCAAAACAAUGAAGAUCUCAACAUUGACAAGAAAGAACCAUCCGCGAGUCAUGCCUAUCCCAUCAUGUUACAGCAUACUGCACCAGAGGGACAUGAGAUACUAGAAAAUCUAUAUGAGCAAGCUUCUUCCACUUUUAGGAAGUCGAGAAGCGAAAACGAAGACCGCAAAGUGACCCACUUAAAUCUAUUAGCCUUACAUUCUACAGAGCUCGGAGAUUAUGACGAAGCCUCCAACCUUUUAGAAGAUUCUGUUGACAUACAAAAGGACACGUGCGGUCAAUUUCAUCCCGUUGCGAUGGCUACUUUAAGCAAUUUGGCGAUUGUUUAUAGUAAAUGCGGUCACUUUGAGAAAGCUGAAGCUACGGCAUUGGAAAUCGUAGCCAUAAAACAAAAAUUGCGUGGCGCAGAUCACUUAGACGUGGCAUCACAUUUAAGUGACUUGGCUUCAUUCUGCCAACAUCAAGGCAAAUAUGAAGACGAGCGAAUGUAUCAUCACCGCGCCUUGCAUAUAUACGAAUCUCAACUGGGCAGUAACAAUGUUUAUGUUACAUACACGAAAUUGCUUUUGGCCAAGUGUCUUGUGAGGCAGGAACAAUUCGAAGAGGCUGACUACUUCUACAAAGAAAUAUUGAUGAAGGCUUACGAAAGAGGCUAUGGCUUCGUUGACGAUUCGUCGGCAACCAUUCAGCAACAGCAAGAUGAUGAAACCGUUGAAAGGAAUGUAGCGAAUAAGUUUUGGUUUAAGAAGGCGAGUAUAAAUUAUCCUACGAUCAGCGAGACUUUGCUCUACAUGUAUGACUUAUAUUUGCGUAAAACAAUAUUGUAG